AUGAAACUAGAGCUCUUUGGCCCAAUAGCCAUUGCUUCUAUGUGGAGAAAGAAGGCAGAGGCGUGUAACCUAAAGAGCACCAAAGUGAAAGGAAUUAUAAAGAAAGAAGGAUAUAUGAAGAUUCUGAAAGAAAACCUCAAGUUGUCAACGUUUCACCCCCGUGUGAUAGUCUCCACAGAUCCAUCAGUGGUCAUCAGUGGUGCAGAGAUUUUCUCAAAGCAUCUGUGGCUGCUUUUCUGUGCAAUUUUUUCUUUUAGACACUUUAUCCUUUUUGCAUCAGUGACCAUGCUGCCGCUGCUCCUGCUGCUGCUGUCAUCCACUGGUGACGGUGAGGGUCAGCGUGUGAUUGGUCAGAGGAACAACGGCUCGUGCGUGUGUGCAGUGAACACCAGCAUGUGGGCGUUUCCCGCCGAGCGCUAUGAGUCCGUGCUGGAGAACCUCGAGUCCUGUGAAGACUCUUUGAACAACAUGCAGACCCAGGUGCUUUUGUCCAGUCAGCGGCUCCCUCAGAUUCAGGCUCUGGUUAAGAACGUGACGGCCCGGUUGGAGCCUUACCAGUACUUAAAGGAUCGUGGCCUGUAUUCAGACUUGAUCCUGCGUCUGGUGGUUCAGGAGCUCACCAAGCUGGAGGCCGACAUCGGCGCCCUCCACACGCAGUUAAACAAUGCCCACACUCAAAAACUCUCCAAGGAGGUAGUUAAACUGCGGCAAGAUCUGGAAAGGGUACAACUGGCCGACGUGAACAAUAUGAAGACUGUGAAGGAGAAACUGCGAUACUUGAAGAACCGUGCUGAAUCGUGCAAGUCCAUCCCCACCAACUUCAGAGCUCAGCACACGUACUGCCUCAAAGGUCUAAUCACCAACAUCAGCAGCCCCAUCACUGCCAAGAUCAGCCCCUAUGGGAAGACCUACAUUUCUGGCUCUUGGGGCAAACAGACCCAGAUGGGCAGCACGGUGCAGACUAACAGCUACUGGGUUCAACCUCUACUCAGCAGCCACAUCUACGGAAAUGUCUUGCGUGUAUACCAAAGUUAUGAAGACUUUAUAACUUCUGCCAACCACAAGGACUUCACUUUUGCUCCAUCUUACACGGAUGCCAAAUCCAUUGAGGGUCCCAGUGCGGUUCUGUACGGUGGCGCUCUGUACUAUCACUGCUAUCGCUCUGCUGAUGUGUGCCGCUACGAUCUCACCACCAACGCAGUCAAGCGAGCGACCCUUCCAGGUAACGGUGUGGGAUUUAACAACAAGUUUCCAUACUGUUACUUUGACUGCCGUGCUAAUAGCGAUGUGGACCUGGAGGUAGAUGAGACGGGACUGUGGGCCCUCUAUGCCACGGCUGGUAACCAUGGAAACCUAGUGGUGAGCCGGUUAGUUUGGGACGGUGAAGACCAGACACUAAAUGUGACUCAAACAUGGGAGACCAGGAUAUUCAAGAAGGCAGUGACCAAUGCGUUCAUGGUGUGCGGCGUGCUGUACGCCACCCGUUACGUGGAUGAUCACCGCGAGGAGGUCUUCUACGCCUUUGACACAGCCACAGGCAAAGAGGACAAUUCACUGUCACUGCCACUAGAGAAGGUGGCCAAAGGAGUGGCCAGUUUGAGUUAUAACCCCACCAAUAAGCAGAUCUACAUGUACAAUGAUGCAUAUUUGCUGGCGUACCAUGUCCAGUUCUGACCUGAACUUUGGUAGCUACAUAAGCUGUCAAAAGAUGAGCAGAGAUAGAGAACAUGCAGCUUAAAUACUCUCCAGCAAGCAACAAUGAUGAUCCUUAAAAUUAGCCAGUGUUUCAGCUAAGUACUGGUAGAUGUGUGUAAUGUUGGUCAGUAUGUAUGGGAUCGAUGUAAAAAUGCAGUAAUUUGUUCUGCUUUUCUGCAUUUUAAUCCAAUGUUUUAGUGCAGGAAAAGGAGGCGAAGUCUUACUCAGGGAUACAUUUGUGGUGAACCCAGCUGAACUGCAGCCGCCCAAUAUGAAACUGUACAGACAUAACUUAAUCUCAUUUUAUUUUUCUUGUAAAAGCUGUUUCUAUCUACAACUCCAAAUCACAAAUAAGUAUGGAUGAUAUGGAAAAUGCAAGUGUAAUUAAAAACAAAAUACUUACAUUUCCUUUGA